AUGCGCCAGCCCUUCCGCCGAGCCUCCGUCUACUUCAACCUGCUGCUGAUAACCGAGGCUGUGAUUGGACUGCUGAUCCUGGUGGUGACCGCCUACUACCACGCUCUGUUCACCGGCUAUUUGUCGGAGAUCGAGUGCCGCCUGAUCUACGGCUAUCUGUUCGGGAUCUACGUGUUUGGGGCCCAGUUGGUGGUGACCUUCCUCUGCAGCAUAGCCAUGUGGCGGCGAAUUUGGAGGCGACGUUGCACGCCCAACAUUCGCCUAUUGCUCUCCGUGUGGGCCUUCUUCUCCUGCGUAAUCAUUGCCUCCGGUUUCGGAUGCGUUUGGAACCUUUACCGGGGCGUCGAUGUACUGGAAAAUGCGGCGGAUACCUCGCUGAGCCGGGGCAUUGACAUGUACUAUUCGUGCCCCGAAUGGAAGCUCCUGUGGGACGGGCUGCAGUGGCACAAGGAGUGCUGUGGCGUGCAUGGCUACAAGGAUUGGAUGAGUGCCGAAUGGAUGCCGCGACUGGAGGAUAAUUGCUCGUCCAUGGUCCUGGCACCGUACGCCUGCUGUAAGCGAUCCUGCGAGAGCUGCUUCAGCAAUUUGCUGUCCGGCGAGGGGCAGUCGAUCGGUGGCAGCAGUCGGCAGCCCUUUCCCGCUCUCACCGUGGACUCCAUCAAUGCGAAUGGGUGUCUGCCGAUCUUCGUCGGUGCAGUGUGGAACUUCUUUUACAUCCUGCUGGCCCUGUGGGUUCUGGCUUUAAAGUUCCUGAUCUUACUCUGUUGUUUGACAAAGUUCACACUUCACCGGCAGAAUGAGGGAAAUGGCUGCGAUAAUGUGGGACUCACAGACGAAGAUGGACAUCCGCUGGUCGUGGUGAAAUAUCCCUGCAAUGUGCGGUGUGUGACAAUUGCAGAGGACGAUUUGGUUUCUGACAAUAUUCCUGAUGCUAACUACUGCAAUUGCUCCGAAAUGGAUGACGAACAAUGUGGUUACUAGGCUGUUUUUUGUUCCGUAUUUAUUUUUAUAUUUUAUAUUAUUUGAAUUUAAUACACAUUUGUGUUUUUCAAUGUUUAAA